AUGGCUUCUUCAAUGCUUAACGGAGCUGAAAAUCUCACACUCACUAGAAGAAUACCCCCAAAUGGGUUAGGCUUUGUUGGGUCAGAUUUGCACGGGAAGCAUUUUCCCAAGAUUGGUGUGGUAAACUUUGGUACAAAUUUUUGGGCUAGAACUAAAACCCUAGCACCACUCAAGUGCAGUCUUUCGGGAUCUAGGCCGGCUUCACAGCCUAGGUUUAUACAGCACAAGAAAGAGGCAUUUUGGUUCUAUAGGUUUUUAUCAAUUGUGUAUGACCAUGUCAUAAACCCUGGGCAUUGGACUGAGGAUAUGAGAGAUGAGGCACUCGAGCCCGCGGACCUAAGCGAUCGGAACAUGAUUGUGGUGGAUGUCGGCGGAGGAACAGGGUUCACUACAUUGGGUAUUGUUAAACAUGUGGAUGCCAAAAAUGUAACCAUUUUGGAUCAAUCGCCUCACCAGCUUGCCAAGGCAAAGCAGAAGGAGCCCUUGAAGGAAUGCAAGAUUAUUGAGGGUGAUGCAGAGGAUCUCCCAUUCCGUACUGAUUAUGCGGAUAGAUAUGUAUCUGCUGGGAGUAUAGAGUACUGGCCAGACCCACAACGUGGCAUCAAGGAAGCAUACAGGGUUUUGAAACUCGGAGGGAAGGCAUGCAUAAUUGGUCCUGUGUAUCCAACAUUUUGGCUGUCUCGGUUUUUCGCAGAUGUGUGGAUGCUAUUCCCAAAGGAAGAAGAGUACAUUGAGUGGUUUGAGAAAGCUGGAUUUAAGGAUGUUCAACUGAAGAGAAUUGGCCCAAAAUGGUACCGUGGGGUUCGUCGCCAUGGGCUGAUCAUGGGAUGUUCUGUCACAGGUGUAAAACCUGCCUCUGGGGAUUCACCUUUGCAGCUUGGUCCAAAGGCAGAGGAUGUGGCAGAGCCCGUGAAUCCACUUGUGUUCUUCAUGCGCUUCAUUCUGGGUGUCAUGGCAGCAACAUAUUUUGUACUGGUUCCUAUUUACAUGUGGCUCAAAGAUCAAAUUGUUCCCAAAGGUAGACCAAUCUGAGAGAGAGAGAGAGACAGGUAGAGAGAGAUUUUCCAGUUGGCUGUUGGGGGCUGCUUAUGAUGCUCAGCUGUAAUUUCCAUAAAACUUUGCUACUUUGUACACCAGACAAUUGCCCACCAUGGUGUUGUGUCAAUUUUGUAAGAUACGUCUUCACAAUCUCGUUCUUAAGAUCAAUUUAUUAGGCUUAAUUUGUGUAUGUUUUGGGGUGCAAUGGGGAAUAUGCACAUAUUUAUU